AUGAUUUUGAAACAUUUGAAAUGUAUCUUGGUUCUACAAUACUUUAUUCAUUUCGUCGCAACAGAGAUUGCAGCUGAGAAAGCUCUCCCUGAGCCGCUCAACCUGUCAUUGACGUGGGAGUCUGAAUUCCGUAUAAAGCUGUCGUGGAACGCACCAAAGAAUUUAGAUGCAUCAUGCAAGGUGAACUACAUGAUCACUACAACGAUCGGAGAGAGGAGACCCAAAGUAGAGACAACUUUCAAGUUGUAUAAAGAGUAUAGACUCUCUACAGAAGAUGCAGUGAAUUACACAGUGCAAACAAACCCCAAACACUGUACAGGCAGAACCAUAAGCAAACCUGUCAGCAAAUCCAUCACUAAACCCACAGAGUUGGUGAAGAAUUUCCGGUGUUCCCUCUACUCCUCUAAGGCCAUGAACUGCAGCUGGCUCCCAGCCAAUCAGGCCUCAGACCUCCAGCUCUACUAUGGGUACCUUGGUCCCUCCCACAUAGCAGCAUGCAGUGAGUACCAGUACAGAGAUGGUCAGAGGACAGGAUGUCACCUGAGAGGAUCCUUCCUUCAAUAUGACGUCUACUUCAAGGUCAAUGGGACUCUCGAUGGCUUAUCUGUACGGAAUAACUUCCUGGUGCUUCCUAGAUAUCAUGUCAAGCCCCCGGCCCCUAAGGUGAAGAUCACAGAGGAAGGUAGGAAUCUCAUCCUGAGCUGGGACCCUCCGGACAUAGGCGCUGACCACUGCUGGAAUUACAUCUUAAAAUACAACAAGUGUCAAGAGUCUCUGGGUAAGGAAAUACAAUUGAAUAGUGUGACGGUUUCAUAUGACCAGAGAUGCCAGUACAGAGUCAAGCUUAAAGCAGUCUAUACGAAAUGGUGUGGGGAGGGAGGCAGCGACUGGAGCGAAGAGGAAAUCUAUGGUACUUUCUCCUCUUUCUUUCUCUACAUUCUCUCCCUCUUUCAGAACACAGACAGUGAUGUCCUGUAA